UUCUUCUGGACCUUUAACAAGCCGGAAGUUCCUCUCAAUGCAUCUGACAGUUGGCUAUCAUGGCGCAUGAUGUCAAAUCCAGAUCUAAGCGAUACGAGAAACUAGAUUUCCUCGGAGAGGGUCAGUUUGCCACAGUGUACAAAGCCAGGGACAAAACCAACGAUAACAUAGUUGCCAUAAAAAAGAUCAAGGUCGGCCAUCGAACUGAAGCCAGAGAUGGUAUUAAUAGAACUGCUCUCCGAGAGAUCAAACUGCUGCAGGAACUUCAUCAUCAAAAUAUUAUAGGGCUGCUUGAUGCCUUUGGACAUAAAUCAAACAUCAGCCUGGUGUUUGACUUCAUGGAAACAGACCUGGAGGUGAUCAUCAAAGACACCAGUCUCGUCCUGACUCCAGCCAACAUCAAAGCCUACAUCCUUAUGACUCUACAAGGAUUAGAGUAUAUGCACCAACACUGGGUCCUACACAGGGAUCUGAAGCCCAACAAUCUGCUGUUAGACGGUGAUGGAGUGUUGAAGUUGGCUGAUUUUGGUUUGGCCAAAUCGUUCGGAAGCCCAAACCGAGCCUACACACAUCAAGUUGUUACCAGAUGGUACCGCGCCCCUGAGCUCCUGUUUGGUGCCAGGAUGUACGGUGUGGGUGUUGAUAUGUGGGCAGUGGGAUGCAUUUUAGCAGAGUUACUUCUUCGGAUACCGUUCCUUGCUGGAGACUCCGAUCUUGAUCAGCUGACUAAGAUCUUUGAGGCUCUUGGGACGCCCACAGAAGAGACAUGGCCGGGAAUGAGUAGUCUACCAGACUAUGUGUCCUUCAAAAUAUUUCCUGGCACACCAUUGGAGCAUAUAUUUAGUGCAGCUGGAGAUGACUUACUGGAGCUGCUACAGGCUCUCUUUACCUUUAACCCCUCGACAAGGCACACAGCCACACAGGCGUUGCAGAUGAGGUACUUCAGUAACAGACCUGGUCCCACUCCAGGUCCCCAACUCCCCCGACCUAACGGUUCGGUGGAGGCUCUGAGGGAGAAGGAAACAGUAGGGCUCAAGAGGAAAAUCGAGGGCCUAGAGACAACUGUGAUGAAGAAGAAGCUUGUUUUUUGACCAGACUGGACCUGUUACAUCUGAUGAUCCAUCUUCAACUCCAUGUGGGGCUCAGCUUUCCUGCAUUGCUCAGGAUUCUCCACUGGAAUGGAAAAAAACAAAACCAAAACCAGUAGAAGGAAGACUGCUCGAAUGGGCUGCCUUUGAGGACAUGUCAGAGGUUGUAGCUGACUGUGAUAUCAGUUGAAAAAUGUGCCUAAGGUUUGAACUAUCUAAGUUACUGCUGUGAUCAGCAGGGGAUCCUUUGAUGCAGUACAGAUGGUUCAUGGUCAGUAGAGUCAACUCCUUAAGCUCUGGGAACCCGUUGAAAUAUGUUUAUUUAUUUGCUGGAAAAAAAGAAGAACCAAGCUAGCCAGCCUGACUGAUUUCAUGUAUUUUUUUGUAUUCAAGACCAAUAAAUGGUGCAAAUAAAACUAUAUGGAGCUUG